UUAGAAUAAGAUGUCCUUCACCCAAGGUGCAUUAGUCUAAUACCAAGGUUCAGAUUAAUUACGAACAAUUAAUUCAGUGAGAUCAAGUGAUCGGAACAGCUGGCUGGAGUAAUGCUUCCGAUAAGUGAGUUCUAAUCUAUAUUAGGCUCACAGCUUACUCUUGACUGAACCUAUAAGGUCACACCAUUGGCAUGUAAUAGAUCACCGGAUUAAAUGAAUCGGAAAUUCAUUUAAUAGCUUUUCGGGAAUUAGUUCGGAAAAACAUAAAUAUACGAUAUGACGUUGGGUCGGAAUCGUAUAUCGUAUCGCGUAUAUUCGUAAGUUAGGCAAAACGAAUAAUCUUAUCGUACGACGAUGAUUCGUCAAGUAGUAUACGAUAAACAAUAGCCGUAAGGCAUUGGUCGCGAAUACGAGCAAGGCAAAGCUGUCGGCCCGACGAGCCAAGCGCGCAAGGCCCAACGAGCGCAGCAGCUCGCCAGCGCGAAGCAAGGCCCAUGGCCUGCGGCUGGGUGCGCGCGGGACAGCAGCAGAUGUAACACCCCGUAUUUUUAAGUCUGUUUUAUUAUUCUGUAAUUACGAUUAUUAUCGUAAUUACGUCCUAUUUUUUUCUGAUAUUAUUUUUAUCGUAUUAUGUCUAUCUUUUUGUUGAAACAUAAUACCAAUUAUUUGAGCCUAACCUUAUUUUUAUAAAUCUGAUUUUCAUGUUUCUGAAUUUGGAAAUUCCAUAUUUUACUUUAUUUGUUUAAGGAGACCAAGGUCUCAUUUCAAGUAAAUUCUUUGACUACUCCUUCUCCCUUUUCCUGUUUCCUCCAUACGUGUUAACAAAGGAGUUUGCCACCAAAUAUUUUUGACUUCUCUUUAUUCUUGGAAUCUGUCCAAGUUCAUGGCAAUUCAAUUCUUACUCCUCUUCUAUAUGUGGCAAAACUAGAAACUUUGAAUUGACAAAUGUCUGAUUUCUUUCUCCUAUUUCUAUGACUCACCAUGUCAAGAAAUUCAUAUAAACAUCCAUUGAAACUCCAUUGUUCUUCAAUCUGAAAACCAAUUAAUAUUUUUGAUUAUAUUUCUAAGCUUAAUUAAUUUCCCCUCUAUUUAUUUCCUUGAUUUUCACCAUUUAUGGAUUCCCAUUUUCUCUCUCCUCCAUUUGACCACCGCAGCGCCACCCUUAUAGCCACCAUGCCACCAACGGAUUCUGGCUUCUUGCUUCUGCCGCUACCUCUUUUCGCCUCAAAAACCACCGCACAUAAUCGGUGCUCCGCCGUGAUGAUGGUGCAUCCGAGAUUUCUUUAUUGUCGUCAAGCCUUCAGCAUUCCAUAUCUCUGUUCUUCGUUGAUAUGAAUAUGCUACUGCCUUUUUGUUUCCUCUUUUUAUGGCAAAUUAACUCAAAAGGGGGUUGGUACUAGCUUGGUAGUGGGCCGUGAGGUCAAACCAAAGAGGAUUUAUUAUGGGCUUUGACUGAAACAUAUGAAGAAAGCUACGUGAGCAUUCUGAAUUGUUAGUAAGACAUUUCAUUGGAGAUUUUUAGUUUCUUAUUAUCAAAUGAUUAAUGUUUAUUAUUGAAUAUGAUAUUAAUGUUAUUGCAAAUGGAGAUUCCUUUAGAGUGUCAAGUUUAUGUACGUAUUUCAAUUAAUGGAGAAAAUUGAUUAAGGUUAAUCGAUCGAGGUAAUUUUUAUGUCCAGCACUUAUGUAUAUGCCCGUAUAAUAUUUUAAGUGUUUAUAUAAAUGCCCAUAUGUGAAAUGUGUGAUUAUAUGAUUAUUAUGUUUUUAUGUGCUAAAUGAUAUGGUGGAUGAUUUAUGACCAUGAUGAUAUGUUAAAGUAUUUUAUUAUUUUAAUGAUGUUAAAGACGUUCGGAAAUAAUGAGGAUAUUUAUAAAGUUCUUUUAAAGAAAGACGAUGUUGCUUUUGUCGGCAUGGAAAAGUGAACUGAACUAGUAAAUGGGCAAGUUACAGGUGGAGGCAAGUUAAAGUUUGGGAAACAGUUCCCCCCUGAAAAUAUGUAAGAAAAGUUCCGCCAAAACCUGUACUUGCCAAUGAGCUGUAAAGGAAAUGAUUCCUUGCCGACACAGUUUUCAAGAUGACGAGAUUAAGUUAGUUAUUUCCGAACAAUAUAUGCUAAUGAUUGAUAUGUUCCAAAUGAUUUUCAAAAUAAAACCGUUUUGACGGGCUGGAGUAAUAUUACUGAGUUUUCCACUCAUUGUUGGAAUUUUCUGUGUUUUUUUUUUUCCUGUUUUCUAUUUUUAUGAUGAUGCACAGGUUCAAUUAAGGAGCUCGAGUUGCAUAUCGAGCUGAGAAUUAUUUAUUAUGGAAAUUCUAUUAUUGAGAUUAUUAUAAGAAUAUUGAUUUAUAUUUAUGUUUGGGAAAAUUGUAUUAUUUAUGAGAAAUAUUUUGAGGAUUAUUUUAUUUGUGGGCCCAUACCCACAGGUCCCAGGAUUAAUUAAGCCUAAUUCCGCUGCUAAUGAUGAGCUAAGUGCGGUUUAUUACCGUUACUUAAGGUGCCGAAAAGUCGGGGCGUUACAGCAGCGAGCUGAGGCCCAAUGCCCACAGUUGUGUGGCUGCGAGCGUGCUCGUGGGCUUGUGCUAGGAUGCUGGUCGCCUAGGCCUUUGUGCUUUGGCUGGUUGGUGUUAAAACCUUAGGGUUAUUACACCACCCUCCCAUUAUGUUUUUCCAACUUACUACUUCACGUAAUUCAGUUUAACCAAAAUCAAAAGAGAAACCCUAACCUCUUUUGAGCCUUCGUUCAAACUGUUCUUUCCUAAAAGCAAAAAUAUCUUGACUGACUUCUAAGCCAUCGGUAUCAAGACGGAGCUGAACGUGUCGGUGAACCAAGUAGAGGAAUGAUAUCUGGGAUUCUUGUUCAUGUUCGUGUUACGUUGAAUCUAGGGAAAACACGCUACAAACUAAUCAAAUGGCCGCAAACAAUAGCAACUCAUUCAACUUGCGCUCAAUUCUCGACAAAGAGAAGUUGAAUGGAAAUAACAUCCUCGAUUGGAAAAGGAACUUUCAAAUAGUUCUAAUGAAUGAGGAAAAAGAGUAUGUCCUUGAGGAAGAGUUACUAGAGGCCGCCGAGCCGGAGGUAACUCAAUCUGCCCUUAACCGUUGGAUCCAGGCCAACAGGGAUGUCAAAUGUGUGAUGCUUGCAUCCAUGAAUCCUGAACUUCAGAAAAUGUUCAUUAACUCGGAUUCUUACCAAAUCAUCUCGGAGUUGAAGAACAUGUUUCAGGAUCAGGCCAGAAUCGAAAGAUUCGAGACUCAGAGGUUGAUCCUUGAGACUAAGCUCAAGAAAGGAGAACCAGUGAGCCCGCACGUUCUUAAAAUGAUUGGAUUGUUUGAGAACAUGAGAGCUCUAGAUUCGGACGUCUCAAAUGAAAUGGCCAUUGACAUCAUUCUCCAUUCGCUUCAUAGUGGAUAUGAUCAGUUCAAGUUGAAUUACAACAUGAACAGUAUGGAGAAAACUCUUACUAAGCUUCACGGUAUGCUGAAAACCGCUGAAAAGACGCUCAAGCAAGAGAAUAAGCACGACAUGCUUAUGGUGCGUAAGGGUAAGGGUUUCAAGAAAUCUGGCAAGGGAAAGGGCAAGAAGGGUAAGGGCAAGGCUGCUCCCACACCUAAGUCCAACGGCACCAGUUCUGGUAAACAAAAAAGGGUGACUCGUUCUCCUGCCGACUCUAAAUGCUUCUACUGCAAGAAGAAGGGGAAUUGGAAGAGGAAUUUCUUGAAGAGAAAGGUAGAUGAGAAGAACGGGAACGUUGCUUCUACUUCAGGGACUAAGGAGAAGUAGAAAGCUUGAUAAAGGCGAGAUGGAUCUACGCGUGAGAAAUGUAGCACAGAUUGCUGCAUUAGCCGUAGGAUCUUAUUUUUUUUAUCUUUGCCUAGUGGUUUUGUUUUGGAACUAGAAAACUGUUACUAUGUUCCUACCAGAAACGUCAUUUCCGUUUCAAGUUCGGAUUCUAAAGGUUUUUGUUUUCAAUUUAAAGACAACAGUUGUUCUUUUUCUUUGAAUGGAAUGUUUUAUGGUUUAGCACAACAAGAAAAUGGUCUAUAUGUGCUAGA